GCGGUAUUACCGGUAUACCGGUAUGUUUUCGCUACCGGUAUGUACCGCGGUACACGAGGCCAAAUACCGGUAUGUUCAAGUCCGACAACUCUUAACAAAAAUAUAAAAUGGAAACAAAGCAUAGAUAUAAAAAUAUACAAUAUAAAAUCUAAAUAUAUCUAUACAUUAAAAAAAUAAAUAUUUAUUAAAGAAACAAACAUCAACAUUUGUAUACGUUGUGACUCACUUUAUUUACAUUGUCUCUUCGUCAUGAUGUAAUGAAAGGUAUGUCUAACUACAGUACACAAUCGGCAAUACGUAUCAAGUAUUUUAAAAAAUAAAACGAUUUGAUUUUUAAUAAAAACAUAUCAAAAUUUUUAAAAACUGAUAGAAAUAAAUUUCAUUUCAAUAAGAAAACCUUUAAUAUUUGGUAGACUAUAAAAUUGUUUUAUGUUGUAUGCUUUAUGCGGGUCAUAUACCGUUCCCGCCAAUUAGGCAAACCCCGAGUAAAAUGGAAGUAGCAGACACGGAUUUUGAGAUCGUACCAAAUAAAAGAGCAAAAUCCUCAAUUUGGAAACAGUUUGGUCUGAAGAAAAGGAAGUCAGAUGGAAGGAUUGAGGAAAGUGUUGCGAUUUGUAAACUAUGUGACUCUGUGAUCAAGUGUGCGGGAGGUGGCACUUCUAAUCUUACAGCCCAUUUACGCCGUCACCAUCCACUACAAGUUACAAGUACUACUACAGCUACCUCUGAAAAAAGUAACGCCGCGUCCCAUGGUUUUCAGCCACAAUCUCUGACUGUAGCUGGGAUGUUCGCUAAUAGACAGCUUUAUAAAUCUUCAUCACCCAAAGCAGUGGACAUUACGCAAAAAAUUGCUAAAUUUUUGGUCAAGGACCUUAGACCUUACAGAAUGGUUGACAGCCCAGAGUUUAGAGAUAUUAUCAAUGCAUUGGACCCGAGAUACCAAGUUCCAUCUCGAAAACAAUUUAGUGAGGCCAUCAUCCCUAAAAUGUACAACGCAGUGAAGGAAAAUGUACUAAAAACCUUGUCAUCAGCAACACAGGUGGCAAUCACUAGUGAUGGAUGGACCUCGAGGUCAACCGAGUCAUAUGUCACUGUCACGGCAACCUUUGUUGAUGCAAAUUGGGAGAUGCAGAAUUAUGUUCUUCAAACCAGGCCCAUGCCAGAAAGUCAUACAGCUGAAAAUGUGGCAUCUGUCAUCAGGGAGGCCUGUAAAGAAUGGAAACUUCCAAGUCCUCUUGGUCCUCCGCCACUGGUGUCUGACAAUGCAGCAAAUAUGUUAAAAGCAGGGCAGAUAAUUGGGUGCAUUCACAUAGGAUGUUUAGCUCACACUCUGAAUUUAGCAGCACAACGUUCCCUGAAAGUGAAAACUGUCUCUAAUCUGUUGGCCCGUAUCAGAACCAUUGUUGCAUUUUUUCAUCGCAGCACUGUGGCAGCAUCAGUUUUAAAAGCCAAGGCAGAACUGUUGGCUAUCCCAAACCACAAACUCAAAAUUGAUGUGUGUACCAGAUGGAAUUCUACCUUUGAUAUGAUUGAGAGAUUUCUAGAAAUGCAGGCUGCUGUCAUAGCUUCACUUAGAUGCAAGGAAUUAUCACAUAUUAAGAACAAGGAUAUAAGCAACCUAAGUGAUGAGAGUGUCUCUCUGGCAGAAAACAUUGCAGCUUGUUUGAAACCCUUAAAGGACAUGACCACUAUGCUCUGCACUGAAUCCACUCCAACUCUUUCUGUGAUUAUGCCACUUCAUCGACAGCUCAUCACCAACAUUCUAGUCGCAAAAGAGGAUGAUUCCCACACAGUUGUGGAGAUGAAGAAGCUUAUGAAAAAUGAUUUGGAAUCAUGGUAUGCAGACAAGAAAGACUUUCUCAACAUGGUGUCAGCCAUUGAUCCUCGUUUUAAAUCUUUACCAUAUCUCACUGAUGAAGAAAAAACAGAUGUGUUUGACCAUGUCACGCAGGAAGCAGUACGUCUAGCAGGAGCCAAAUUGAAAUCAUUUGUUGUGAAAACAGAAAAAGAAGAUGAAAGCACAUCUACGAUUGUUCAGCCUAACUUGCCCUUAUUGCCUGCGCUUCCUGGUGAUUCAGAAAUUCAGAUUAAAAAUGAAACAGUUGCUGAAACCAGCAGCAAGACAGGAACAUUUGCAGAUUCCUCCUGUGUCUUGCAUGACAUUUUGGGUGAUGUAUUUGUUACUUUAGUAGAGCCACCAAAAUCAUCCCUUGACCACAAGUGUGCCUUCAGAGAGGGUGUUCUCAACUGCAGGAGACAUUAUAACUGCACAACGGGCUAA